AUGUCGUUGCUAAGGAUAGGUAUCGUGCUCCUAUUCACCAGCGGAUGGGUACCGAUUGGUCAAGCAAAGUAUGUCGAAGGUCAUCUCAAAACAUCCGACAACUGGGCAUUCCUGGCUAGGUUUUGCUUUCUAUCUGGCAAAGGAAGGUACGAGUACCUGAUCGAGUACGAAAAGAAGCUGGGCGAAUUGAAGUUGCUCCUGUACUACGAUGAUCGAACACAGUGGCCUGCAAUCUACAAAACAGACAAGACAUGUACCGAAAAACUGUCCGUGCUACACCCGGAAGACAAUCAGAUCGUAACGCUUUCCCCGCGUACGCCGUACAAUCUCUACUCCGGCUGCCAUCUGCGUACACCGACGGCGAAAGAAUCACCGGACGAUCCACUACCGAGAGGUAGUGGCAUUACGACGACACGCGCACCACCAAGCGGUCGAGGAUCUCCAGCCGGGCCGGGAGCGUCAGGAGGCGACAUUAAACCACCGGACGAUGAUGCACAGUACUAUGAUCAGUUCCUGAAAACAAGCACCACAGAGCCAGAAUUCGCCUUCGAAGAAACCACCGGAGGCAAUGGGACGGAGGACCCACCGUACGAGAUACUACUCACAUCGUCGAGCUCCAUUCAAGGAUUCGUCGGCGAUAAUGGUGAGGUGAACUUGCUGGAAAAUAGUACCGAUUAUCGGCUGCUGGUCGAGCAACUAUUCCCGGGUGUGGAUGUUGCGGUUGGGGAGCAAACCGAGCGGCCCACCAAUGGAACACGCCUGCGACGUGCAGCACCGACGGGAAGGUACGAAACACGCCUCAUAGUGAGCUGUAGUAACUUCGGGAGCUUUACAAGUUCGCGAGAACGUUGGUGGUAUAUAGCGGUCGCUAACUGUGAUGGAGCUGGCAAAGGGCUCGACGUUAAGUACCGGUUCCGGAUGACAAACGGUCCACCGGGAGAUUUUUGGCAUGAGCAUUUCUCCGCCGAUGAGAUGUACAUUCCUCCCAUUCUGUUGGCCGAAUCCAUCGCGUAUAGUAUGCUGCUGCUGGCAGUAUUCAUCUGUGCCGUUGAGCUAAAGGCACGUCACCUUUACCAUUGUACCUAUCGUCUGUUUACGCUGAGCGUGCUGUUGCAGUGGUUCGGCAUAUUGUUGCUGAGUGUCACGUGGACCAAGUAUGCCGUGUCCGGCAUCGGUCCAUUUCCCAACUUUGGCGGUAUCUUCACGAGCGCUAGUGAGAUCUCAUUUCUUCUACUGCUGCUGCUGAUGGCGAAGGGUUACACCAUCACAAGGGCACGGCUGAAAACCUGUUCCACGGUUAAAAUUACCAUCUUCAUCAACCUGUACGUGGUGGUGUACGUGUCGCUGUACAUCUACCAGGCGGAAGCAUUCGACCCAGGUGAAGUGCUGAACCUGUACGAAUCGCCGGCCGGGUUCGGUUUGGCCGGACUGCGAUGUGCCGGUUGGGUGUUCUUCAUGUACGCGUGCGCCGCUACGAUCAGGAAGUUCACGGAGAAAACACCCUUCUACUACCCAUUCACAAUGCUCGGUUCGCUGUGGAUACUGAGCGGACCCGUCCUCACGCUGCUCGGUGUUAGCGUGCUCGAUCCCUGGGUACGUGAAUCGGUCAUGCACGGUGCGCUCGGUAUGGUUGCUUUUGCCGGCCAUUUAGCGUUUCUCUGGCUGACGUGGCCAUCACGUGCCAAUCGCAGCUUUCCUUACCAUGUGCGCACGAAUCACGUGGGUAUAUCGCACGGUGAGGACGAUGAGGUCACGUACCCGAAACAUCCCUACGAACCAACUACGCUGGUGCAUCAUCACAACCAUCCGCUCCAACAUCAGUAUCCGAUUGCUCCGCCGGAAACGGUGCUACAGAAUGGGCAUGGGAAUGGUUUCCUGGUGCCACUGUCCCGGGGCGAUGGCCUGUACGAUCAGUACCUUCGCGAGCGCGACAUCUAUCACAGUACCUCGACACCGCUCAGUUACGUAUCGUUCCCGGCACCGGCAUCAAGGGAGAAUGGUACCACAAACGGCGUACAUAGAGCGGAACCAACACGCAACGGGACCUCGAUAAAUAGUCCGGCUAUGAAUGGGAAUGCCUUGAGGUCGGAACAACCCGAACCAGUACGGUCGAACAACCGAAACUCGCUGGCACUGGAGGUUGAGGCGGAUCUUUCCGGUCAUCCUUCGCUCGAGGUUGCGGAACAAGUGUCGAGUAAUGCACCGCUCAGUGGUAACGGAUCGAUCGCAUCUGUACCGAUCGAGCGACAAUCAUCCGGCGGUGGUGGAGAACGGGAAGAGAAACGACCGUUCAAUCCCUUUUUGGCCGGUGCUAGCAGUGGCGGCCUCGGAUCCGGUGAAGGAAGUCGCAAACCGAACAAAAUUAUCCUACCCAGCCUGGAACACGGUCAGCAGCAGCAGACGGCAGGUCCGGUAAUAGUGGGAACCGAAGCUGUGAUAGAACAGCCAGCAGCAAAUGACAGUGGUGGAGGUAGUAGUAACACCGUCCCAAAGCAUCUCUUUGCGGCAAAGCGAGAUCCGUGA